GAUGAAGUCAUAAUCCUGCGUGUGUAUGACAGAGCAAGCUGUUGCGCUGGAAAGGAGCUGGGGGAUCAUCACACACGCGCUGCGGGACUGAGGAGGAGAUGAUGGGCAGGGACGAGGCAGAGAAGCCAUGCUUACUAGGCAAACGGAUUUUGCGGCUCGUCACCCAAAAGUGCCAAGGCAGUUCUGAAAGCGGGAGCUGGCUUUCUGAUGUGAGUGGGACACAGCUGAAAGCUGCUCCCUGGCUCCGGAGGCUAGCGCUGAACGCCGGUGCACCGCGCAGAGCUUGUCCGUUGCAUAAGCCCCCUGAUGAGGUUACAUAACGGGCUGCCGCUGUCUGCGCGGCUCCGUGUCCCCCGGUUACAAGUCUGACAAGGGGCGGCGGGUACUUGAUGGGCUGAGCUGCAGCCGCCCCUGGAGUGGGCGGGGGGGUCGGGACAGGCGGGCCGGAAGGACUGUUUGCAACCCAACUGGAGACGAUCCAGAGUAGCAGCCUGCGGAGUGCAGCCACCCAGCCGGGCAUCAGUGGGCAGGGCACGGCUCGCCAUUGCUCUCGCCUCUCCCGCUUGCAUGUGGCGGGGACGGGCCGAUCGGGGACGGGACAGAGGAGGGGAGGGAGUCCGUGAAGGAGGGGCCUCAGCAAACGCCAUUCAAACCCCGCAGGCGCCACUGCCGCAGCUGCCUGCUCCCGGAUUCCUCCUGCUGAGGCUCGUCCCAAGCAGCCCCCCGCCACCCAUGCCCCUGCUGGACUGUAUUUAAGCUCCUCAAGGUGUUCCUUGCUUUAUUGAUUUUGUUCUGGAUGUCCUGGCUUGUUCCACCAUCCUGGCUGAUGGUGCUGUCCAAGUAUGUGAAUGUUUCUACAUCGGUGAGAACAUAAUCCUCUAUCCGUAUUGGUGACGGGAGCUGAGCAGAAAUUGGAAAUCUAGUCUGGACAGUUUCACCAGGAGGGGUUCCGAGUUCACAAUCUGAAGGUUGCAGUGGCCAGUGCCAAGUUCCCCAGAGGGAAUGAACAGAACAGUUUCCUCUAAUGCAAUGACUCAGCAGCCCCAGGAUGAAUUUGACACAAGUGUGGAGAAUGCAGAAGCCUGGAUGAAAGCCAUCCAGGAGAGACUGCGGAUCAAUGACAACACCAAGGGACCUCGGUCUGCCCUGGAAGCCAGGCUAAGAGAGACUGAGAAAAUUUGUGCGUUGGAGCCAGAAGGUCGAUUGAAAAUGGAUUUGGUCCUGAUGAAAGCAGAUGCCCUUCUUCGCUGCAUCAGCGAGGAGGAAAAGCAUGAGAUACUAUCCAAACUGAAAGACAUUAAAGCCAUGUGGGAAGAAACAGCCAUCUACAUUACUCAUUGCCACAGCCGUAUCGAAUGGGUGUGGCUGCACUGGAGUGAAUACUUGAAAGCUCAGGAUGAGUUUUAUGCCUGGAUUCAUAACAUGAAGGUUACCUUGGAGCCUGACAUAGAGCUGCAGCUCGGUUUAAAGGAGAAGCAAUGGCAGCUGAGCCACUCCCAGGUUCUGCUGAACGAUGUCCUAAAUCAGUCAGUCCUGCUGGAAAGGCUGCUGGAGGAAGCUGCUUCCUUGUUUAACAGGAUAGGUGACCCAAGUGUCGAUGAGGAUGUCCAGAAGAAGAUGAAGGUGGAAUAUGAAGAAAUAAAGGCAGAAGCUCAGUGCAGAGUGAAAUUGCUUGAAAAGAUAACAAAGGAACAUGAGCAAUACAAGACCAACAUCGACCAAUUUCAAUCGUGGCUGAAUGGUGUGACUGAAAGAUUGAACUGCUGCAUCGGAGAAACAACAAAGUCUCCAGCAGACAAUGGGCUAAAGACAUUGCAGAACAUUGCCAAAGAUGUUAAGCGUGGUGAAAAGAAAUUGAAAUGCCUGGAGGUUCAGUCUACAGGGGUGAUCCAGAACACCUCACCCCUGGGAGCUGGGAAGAUGAAGGAUGAGUUGGAGGAGUUGAGGAAAGCCCUGGAGAAGUUGAAACUAAUAUGUGGUGAGGAAGAGGAGAGAAUGCAUAAGAUCCUUAAGUCAGAAAGUGCCUAUCAGUCCCAAGCCAGACAGUUGGAAGCAGAGAUCCAGGAAUUCAGAAAGAUGCUACAAAGACUAGAAGAUGACCUGGAGUCAGGGGAGAAGCCGAAGAGUGAAGAGGACUUAGUAGCUCUGUGGAGAAAAUACAUCGCAACAAGAGCAGCGCUUGCAGCAGAAGAGUCAAAGGUUGAGAGACUGAAGGCUCAGCUUAAGGAAUUGUUCCGGUUUUCACAGAAUGUACAACCACUCUCUGACGAUGUUAUAACCGCAGUACAGGAAUAUCAAAGGGUCAAGGGGAAGACGUUUAAAAUGAGCAGUGGGACUGAAACUGAGCUCAGGCAGAGUUUUCAAAAUCCACUGCGAGAGUUCCAGCUGUGGAAGCCAUCAGCUCAGAGACUUCUGGACUCCACUGCUAACGUUGCUGAGCCCUCCCUGACACAUGCUUUCUUACUUCAGAUUGAGGCAUGCCUGGCUCAGAGCUCCCAAUUCAAGGAGCAGUUGAUGAUGUUGCAGCUGAAGAAGGAUUUGCUAAGCAGUAUCUUUGGUGAGGAGAGAGUGAAGUCUCUCCUAGUGGAAGUAACCGAUACGACAAAGGAGAGAGAAUUUUUACACAAAAGUCUACUGCAAAGGAGAAGUAGACUGCAGAGUUUGGUAACUCAACAUAAAGACUUUGAUGCAGGCUUUGUGCCUCUGCAGAAGAAGUUAUCUGCUAUCAGAGCCAAAGUAGAUGUAGAGAAUGAACCACAACCUGACCUUUUAGGUAAAGAAACACGACUCCAGAGACUACAGAUGAUCCAAGAAGAGUUGGCAGAGUUUAUAGUUCAAAUGGAAGACCUGGAGAAUCUAGUUCAAUCUAAUCCCACCCACAGGCAUAAAAUGAACCAGCUUUCAUCUGACUAUCAGACACUGAAGAGAUCUCUGGAGAUCAUCCUGGCACGGACUGAGAAGCACGUUCGGGAGCAUUGGGCAUUCAAUAACAAACUAUCAGACCUUCAGCGGUGGAUCACAAUGACUGAACGGAAGUUGGAAUCCUGUCAGGAUGCCAGUGCGGAAAGGAACAUGGAGAGCAGAGUCUCAGACCUGGAGGGGCUGCUAGCUGAAUUCCCAGGUAAAGAGAUCCAGUUGCACCUUGUUGGGGCUCAUGGCCAGCUAGUGAUUGAGAGUUCUUCCCCAGAGGGGGCAGCACAUGUCCAUACUGAAAUGAACCAGCUGACAGAAUCGUUGAGUUCACUCAAAAAGAUGACAAUCAGCCUCCUCAGCAGCAUUCAGCCAAAUACAACAGUUGAUGAUACGGGGAAGAAUAUAACCGUCAUGGGUAAUACACUGAUGACUGGGUUGGCCUUCGGCUCUUCAGAGGUAACUCUCAAGCACUCCCAGGCGAAUGUGAGCAAAGAGGAAGAGAACAGUCACCUCCUUAAACUCAUGAAGGACUUUGAAGAGUGGUUACAUGUAGAAAAUGACAAACUGAGCAAGAUUUUUGUCAUGAAACCCUCCAGUUUUGAAGAAGUUAAAGCAAUACACAGCAAGCUGAAGGAGCUGCAGUCUCGUGUUCCUGAGGGGCAACGUCUUUUCAAAGAUCUCCGUAGUCUUCAGACAGUUGACGGGACCUCUGAAGAUGUGGAGGACCUGCGUUAUCAAUGGAUGCUCUACAAAUCUAAACUCAAAGACUCCAGCAGCUCAUUGACUCCUAGAUCUUUGGAAGAACCCGAUGGAUUCAGAAAGAGACGUCCAGGGGGGAUGUGUCCCUUCCUGCACCGCGUGUGCUGGGCAGCGCUGCCGCUGCAGAUACUCCUGCUGUUCUUAUUGCUCCUGGCGUUUCUGCUCCCCCUGGUGGAGGAGACCCACAGCUGCAAGCUUGCCAACAACUUCGCCCGCUCCUUCAACUUGAUGCUGAGAUACAAAGGCCCUCCUCCAACUUAACUCCUCUAAAGGCACAUGGCAAGAAGUGACUGGCUUACACAUCCAGGCUCCUUUUUCCUGGAUGUCUUGACUAUUGCUGAUCCUCUAAAACUAGGGCUUCUAAUAUGGCCACCAGAUUAACUGGAAACAUCAUCAAAUAAACGCAGCAUAAGGUUAGUCCAUAUAAAUCAGGUAUUAACAGUUAGAGCUAUAUUAAUAUUUUUACAGUAUUAUAUGAAUAUAUUUAUACUAUGAGUUUGUAUGUAUAUAUAUAUAUAUAUAUAUUUGUGUCUGUGUGUGUAUAUAACUAUAAUGAAAAAAAUCUAAACUCCACUGUUUUAGUCUAAUCCUGCAAUGUUUUUGCUUCUGCCUUUGUUCAGCAACGAAUAGCAGAUAUUUUAAAAAACUGAGUUCCUGUUGUUUACAACUGAUAUCAAAGUGAGUGUGAGGAAAAUAAGGGAUGUUCUGUGGAAUCACGUGCCAGGAAAAAUUGUCUCUGAGAGUGAGAUGCAAUGAAAUCAUGUUUAAAUAUGUUGUUUAAGAUUCAGCCUUAGCAAAAGGGAAAGUUUCUCUUUGGGAUCAGUAGCUAGUUUUUCUAUUGCUUGAUCAAGUCAGCACUAAUGCCAGUGCAAAAACUCCCAUUGACGUCAGUGGGUGUGAGACCAGGCCCACAGUAUAUUCAAAUGCUCUCUGUGACAGUCUACCAACUUUUUCUAAUGCUUUGUCCACUGUCAGUCCUGAAGUCGGAGAGAUAAACUCAGGCAAGGAAAGCUGAAAAUAAUGGGGCAUUUUUCUAAACCUCACUCUAAUGAAAUGAUUUUGGAACCAAAUUGUAAUAUUUUAUUUUAUUUUGUGCAGCUACAGUGUACAAAGUUCUGUGUAGCAGUGAACUGUGCAAGAGAGAAAAAUAUGAUCGUGUCUCCCCUUUUUAAGCUAUAAAGAUCAUCCACACGAAUGUUUUUUGCACAGAAAUUGCUCUGGGAUGGCCCACAUGAUCUGGACAGUGGGAUGUAGCUUGUCUCAGCCUCAGCAUACAAAAUAGUCACAGCAGAGAAAUACAUUAACAAAUACAGUCAAUAAACAUGAUUCCUUCAUAGCAGCAUUAUGUCAGUGAUUUGCUAACAAAACCUGACAUAGUGUAACUGCAUCAAGCCCAACUGUACCACACGUUUUUAAAAAGUCUGAGGUCUGAGACACUGAGAAUUGUCAUCCUUUUACCUGGUUUUGUGCCUGUUUUCAUCAGCUCUUCUUUUUUAACAGAAAUGUAUGCAUUCAGUGUGCUUUUUAAAGUAAAUGCAGUUCACAGCACUAUUAUGAUGAAACAACCAUUUCAUGGUGGUGUUUUACCUAAUUGGAGCCUGCAUCUUGUCCAAAGAUAGGAAAGGAAAUUGUUUCAAAUACUUUGUGGCACUUCUUUGGUUCACCCCCUUUUUUUCUGUUCAUUUUUAUCCUCAGUCAUAGUCGUCAUACUGUCAGUUGAAAAAUCUUCCUUAGUUUCCCCUAUCCUGGCUAUUUCUUUGGAUGAAACUUGAAUUCUAGGUGGCAGCAACUGACUUUUUUGACUCUCUCCAAACAAGUCCCACAAUAGUAUCAAUUCUAUACUGGAUACUCAUUAUUGUAUACUUGUAGGUGGGACUCACUUUUUUUGUACCAUAAAACAUACAGGAGGUUAAUUACAUCCUGCCAUAUUCUACUCUGCAUACAAAAUGCCAAUCCCUUAUUGUAAUACAUGGGACUUCUAUGCCACAGUAAAAGGUAGAAUAUGGCCCAUAGUUACAUGCGUUAUAUUAUUUGAUGUAAAUUAUGUACUAACUACAGACCCAAUUCCACUAAGUAUAAUGGUGAUUACAAGAACAGCCAAAGGUCUAUCUAGCCCAGUAUCCUGUCUUCUGACCAUGGCCAAUGCCAGGUGCCCUAGAGGGAAUGAACAGAACAGGUAAUCAUCAAGUGAUCCAUCCCGUCGCCCAUUCCCAGCUUCUGGCAAACAGAGGCUUAGGGACGCCAUCCGCCCAUCCUGGCUAAUGGCUAUUAAUGGACCUAUCCUCCAUGAAUUUAUCUAGUUCUUUUUGAACCCUAUUAUAGUCAAUAAUUAUGAAGAGUUGAAACAACAAAGUUCAGAUCUGAGAUUCCCCCAAAGUCUUUUAAAAAAUUUUUUUUGAUAAAGAGAGGAAACGAGAUAAGAGAGGACAAGUUGGCAUAGGAGGGAGGAGAUAUUGAAGUGUUCUGAAUAGAAGGGAAUAGGCAGUGGUGGUGAGAGAGAGGUCAGAAGGUGGGUGCAGAUAAAGAAGGUGGGAUUAAAAAGAAUAGGGUCUGAAAGAGGAAGGCAUGAACGGUAAGAAUAUAGAAUACAAAGAACAAUCUUUGUUAGAGUCCAUCUCGUCCAGUGGUUUUCAACCUUUUUUCAUUUGCGUACCUCUGAAAAACUUUGAAUGGAGGUGCAGACCCAUUUGGAAGUCUUAGAUAUAGUCUGUAGACCCCCAGCAGUCCAUGGGCCACAGGUUGAAAGCUAAUGUCCUAUGGUAACAACAACCUUUCGCGGACCCGUUAGACA